UCUGACGACGGGAAGAUGGCGGAGUAUCUAGCGUCCAUUUUCGGUACAGAGAAAGACAAGGUCAAUUGCUCCUUCUACUUUAAAAUUGGAGCAUGCCGACAUGGGGAUCGCUGCUCCAGACUGCACAAUAAACCAACUUUCAGUCAGACCAUCUUGAUUCAGAACAUCUACCGCAACCCCCAGAACAGUGCACAGACGGCUGAUGCUUCUCGCUGUGCAGUCAGUGAUGUGGAAAUGCAGGAACAUUAUGACGAGUUUUUUGAGGAAGUCUUUACAGAAAUGGAGGAGAAAUAUGGUGAAGUGGAGGAGAUGAACGUGUGUGAUAAUCUGGGUGAUCACCUCGUCGGAAAUGUUUAUGUGAAGUUCCGGCGUGAGGAGGAUGCAGAAAAGGCUGUGAUGGACCUGAACAACCGCUGGUUUAACAGCCAGCCCAUCCAUGCUGAGCUCUCUCCUGUUACUGACUUCAGAGAAGCCUGCUGCAGGCAGUAUGAAAUGGGGGAGUGCACUCGAGGAGGCUUCUGUAACUUCAUGCACCUAAAGCCCAUCUCUCGUGAGCUGAGGAGGGAACUGUAUGGCAGGCGUAGAAAAAGGCAUCGCUCUCGUUCUCGCUCCCGCGAACGGCGUUCUCGCUCACGGGAGCGUGGCCGUCGUGAUCGGGAGAGGAGGAGAUCGAGGGAGCGUUCCGGGAGGUUCUGAGAUAUUUGAACUUGUUCGCUUUUUACCCAUCAGUGUAGUGCCCAUCCCAAACAACCGACAUUUGUUCACAACAUUGGACUUUGUGCUGUAAUUUACUUUUACUUGUUCUUUUUUCUUGUUUUUUUUUUUCUUUUUUAAGGAUUACACAAAUAUGAACAUUCAGUUUCUCAAUAAAAGUACGUUGUUAUUAA